AAAAACAGCAUAACAAAAGCCAGGGGCUCUCGCCGUUCCAGACCGCCGGAGCUCUCGCCGAGCCCAGCGCCUCCCACCUAUCGUGGCCCCCCGUCUCUUCCUCGUCUCGCGUCAUCCCCGACUCCGAGGCGCCAGCGCCGACCUCCUGGCGCGAGGUUGGCCUCUCGCCGGAAGGCGAGAGAGACGGCGGAGUAGGGUCGCCCAAAUCUCAUGCGGCCAUGUACUCCCGUGCCCGCCUCUCCUCCAUCUUCCGCACCACAGCGUCCUCAGCGUCACCACCGCGCGCUCCCCACCUCGCCCUGGCCGCCGCCACGGAGCGCGUGCGGUCCGGGACGUUCGGCCCGGAGGACGCACGCCACCUGCUCGACGAAUUGCGGCGGCGAGGCACCCCCGUUCCCGAGCGCGCGCUGAACGGAUUCCUCGCCGCGCUCGCGCGGGCACCGCCCUCCACCGCCUGCCGCGACGGGCCUGCGCUCGCCGUCACUUUUUUCAACGCCAUGUCACGAGCUGCCGGCCGAAGGGUGCUGGCUCUCACGUUCUGCACCUACGGCAUCCUCAUGGACUGCUGCACCCGUGCGCGCCGCCCGGAUCUAGCGCCGGCCUUCUUCGGCCAGCUCCUCAGGACAGGGUUGGGCGUCGAUGUCAUCACAUUCAGCAACCUCCUCAAGGGCCUCUGUGAAGCAAAGCGGACUGACGACGCUUUGGACGUGCUGCUCCACAGGAUGCCCGAGUUGGGCUGUGUGCCCAAUGUUGUCUCCUACAGCAUACUUCUGAAGAGCUUCUGCGACAACAGAGACAGUCGGAGGGCACUUGAAUUGCUCCGGAGGAUGGCUGAGAAGGGAUCUGGCUGCUCACCCAACGUGGUCUCAUACAGCACGGUCAUUGAUGGCUUCUUUAAGGAGGGUGAAGUUGAUAAAGGAUGCAAUCUUAUGAAUGAAAUGAUGCAGCAGGGGAUUUCACCCGAUUUAGUUACUUAUAACUCCAGUAUUGAUGCACUGUGCAAGGCAAGAGCAAUGGACAAGGCAGAGGCAGUCCUCCGACAAAUGGUUCGUAAAGGUGUUCGUCCGGAUAACUGGUCAUAUAAUAACUUGAUCUUUGCAUAUUCCGCUAGGGGUGAGUGGAAUGAGGCGGUCAGGAUAUUCAAAGAGAUGACUAGGCGGGGUCUCCUACCAGAUAUUGCUACGUGGAACUCGUUAAUGGCUUCCCUUUGCAAGCAUGGAAAAAUUAAGGAAGCUAGAGAUGUUUUUGACUCGAUCGCAACGAAGGGCCAGGAGCCUGAUACUGUCUCAUACCUAAUUCUGCUUGAUGGGUACGCUACUGAAGGAUGCUUUGUUGAUAUGACAGACCUCUUCAAUUUGAUGCUAGGAGACGGUGUUGCACCUGACGUCCGUAUUUUCAAUGUACUGAUCAAGGGAUAUGCUAAAUGUGGAAUGCUGGAUCGGGCUAUGAUUAUCUUCAGUGAAAUGAGGCAUCAAGGAGCAAAACCUGAUGCGGUAACCUAUUUGACAGUCAUAGCUGCACAUUGCAGGAUGGCUAAAAUGGAUGAUGCUAUGGAAAUAUUUAAUGAAAUGAUUGAUCAAGGAGUAGCACCCAGUAUAGCUACUUACCAGUGCCUGAUUCAGGGUUUUUGUACUCAUGGUGGUUUGCUGAAAGCUAAGGAAUUGGUUUUUGAAAUGAUGAGUAAAGGCAUGCGUCCUGACAUUGUGCACUUAAAUUCAAUAAUAAACAGCCUUUGCAAAGAGGGAAGGGUAGUGGACGCACAGGAUAUAUUUGACUUACUUGUAAGUAUCGGUCUGCAUCCUGAUGUUUUUGCGUAUAGUUCGCUGGUGGAUGGAUACUGCCUAGUUGGCAAGAUGGAGAAAGCAUUGAGAGUAUUUGAUGCUAUGGUGUCAGCUGGCAUUGAACCUGAUGUUGCAGUGUAUGGCACACUUGUUAAUGGCUAUUGUAAAAUUGGAAGGAUUGAUGAUGGGUUGAGUGUUUUCAGAGAAAUGGUGCAUAAGGGAAUUAAGCCCUCAACUAUUGCGUACAACAUUGUACUGGAUGGGUUAUUCCAGGCUGGGAGAACAGUUUCUGCGAAGGAAAGAUUCCAUGAAAUGAUUGAGAGCGGGAUCUCAGUGGGCACUGACACAUACAACACCGUUCUUCAUGGACUUUGCAAAAACAAUUCCUUUGAUGAAGCAAUUGGGCUUUUCAAGAAAUUACAAGCGAUGAACGUAAAGAUUGAUAUUAUAACUAUUAAUAUUAUGAUUGCUGUAAUGUUCAAAACUAGGAGAGCUGAAGGAGCUAAAUAUCUGUUUGCUUCCAUCCCUGCAAGUGGGCUUGUGCCUUCUGUUGAGACUUAUGAUUUAAUGAUGACAAAUCUUAUUAAAGAAGGGUUACCGGAAGAGGCAGAUGAUGUCUUUUCAUCCAUGGAGAAUGCUGGCUUUGAUCCCAACUCUCGACUGCUGAAUCAUGUGGUCAGGGCGUUGCUAGAGAAACAUGAAAUAGUCAGGGCUGGAACUUAUCUUUCUAAAAUUGAUGAGAGAAACUUCUCUCUUGAAGAUUCAACAACAAUGUUGUUGGUCGAUCUCUUCACAAGCAGAGGGACAUGUCAGGAACAGAUAAAAUAUCUCCCAGAAAAGUAUCAUUUUCUUGCUGGAGCUGGCUCCAGUUGAUUGUUACAAGCUUAGAUGCCCAGAAAAUCCUCUUGUUUGUAAGACAGGAAAUUACCUGGACACUAACAGUCAAUUACAUGUGCUAUUUUCUCUAUUGGCAUGAUCGAGGUGUGACGAGCUGGUUGCAUCUUAGGAAAAAAAUGGAUAAGGACUUCUGAUGUGGAGCCAAGCCCUAGUGGAAUGAUGCUAUGCCACGCUAGUGAGCAACAACAAGCGCCGCCUUCAUCGGACCUGGCAUGGGAAGAGGGAGAGAGGGGACAAGGAACUAACAAUGGUGCCGCCGGGAAGGUGGCUGUGGUCAGUUCUUGGGGCUUGCGCUAGGCAAUUUCAGCUCGCUUCUCAUCACCUCCACCGGCCAUUUCUCCUCCGAGCUCGCCUGCCAAGGUACACACACCAUUGCUCUGUAAGUCUCUUCUGUUCUUUUGUGACAACAGCGAUGACAGUGUACAUUGCCUCCUCAAGUAGGAACUGGUAUUUCAUUGAACACAGCACUGCUGAAAAAUUACUUGAUUUUGGUCAUAUCUUCUACGUAAAAGGUGGAAUAUUUCAACUAGCUUAGCUUCAGUUGUGCCGUGAAGUUCACAAAUUGUUCAUGCUUGGCUGAGGUACAAGUAUUUGCCUGUAGCAGCUUCAAUUGCUCAGCUAGCUUGUUUCCCUUUUUUUUCCCAACAGAACAUGUUAGAAAAUGGUACCAUGUUCAGAUGAUAUUGUGAAGAUAAUACUGAAGUGUCAAAAGCCAUAAUUGUGAAGAUAAGACUGAAUUGGAGGUUGCCUUUCAGAUGUUGAAGCACUGACAUCACAAACAUGUCCUGUUUUAUGGGGAGACACUCAUAUGUAAAAGGCAACAUCUGAUGCAUGUUUUGAUGAUGAUGCUUUUCUCACUAAAGAAAUGUUUUAAUGCUACUUUUAUUAUAUUAUUUAUACGAGGAAAUGGCAACUAAUCAUUAACUUCAUUCCACCAGCAAAAAAAAAACACAAAUUGUACAUCCACUAACACUUCAAUGACCCUAGGAAACUGAACUUCUACUGCUGCUAAGCAUGCAUGUCCGCAUUUCUUGCAGCCUUAGGUGAGCUCCUGCAAUCAUAGCUCUUUGCUCUCUUUUUCCAAAUGGGAAGCUGAAUGACCUGGUAUUUGUUUCAAGUGCAGACAGGUCUCUUGUUGUAAUUAUGUUACCUUGUUCUUCUUUUGUAUUCCCCACCAACAUUGUAUUUCAUAUUGGCCUGCACUAACCCAUUUAUGCCUGCACUACUACUCUAAUAUCAACUAAUUUAUUGAUAUUAUUUAGUCAUAGGUACCUUUGACAUGUGUUUGGUAUAUAACAAUGAUUCCUGCCAACAGGCUCUAAAGCUGCCUGCAAUGUUCUUAUAGGGAUAGCAAUGAAUGUGUACAGUUUGGACAAUGCUCACUUUGUGAUGUUCCACCAUUGUGUAUCAGUAAUUCAUCACAAGAUUAAAAGCUACAGCAAAACCUUCCUUGGCAGCUGCAAUUUACCAUGUCUGCUUGAAGUUACUAUGUCUACCUGUCCUUCACGUCUCUGAUGCCACUCCCACUCUACAUGAUAAAUGGUUCGCAUCAGUUUAUUGUCUUUCAGGUCGACAGGGGAAUCAACUGGGAAGAAAAACUGCCUGGUGCAUCUGAAGAGUCUUCUCAAGGUUCCGACUCCAUUCUGCUCUGCUCUUUCUGGCAUAGUCACAGAUGUAUGGCACAGGUGUUGAUGUAGUGGUAAAUCUAUCUAUGCAGAAAUAGUAAAUCUUUUGAAAUUUGUUGGGCACUUGAACUAUUUAGUUGUUCUGUAGAUCAACGAACUGUGCAUAACUGAAUUUCAGUCCUUAUAUGUUGGAAAAAGUAGCUCAUAACUGUUUUCUGAUUUCUGAACACACAGGCUUAUAAUUGUUUUGCGUAACUUAACAUCCUAUAUUAUCACUGCAACAAUGAAAGGAGCAUAGUUCUGGAGUGCCACUUGAUUUAUAAACUGGUACCUGCAGAAGUGCAGAUCCCUGGGAAGUUCCGGGGAUUUUUGUCCCUUGAACACUAUUUAGUUUAGCCACUAUCAAACACAGUUCCUAAUUGUUGAAUAGUCAUAGGGUUGUGUCUUGAGAGGAUCAUAUGUACCCUUUUUUGUGUUGUUAGUUGUGACUUUACAUCUCCUAUCUAUAAGGCAAUUUGAGCAAUAUCUCAGAGGAAGGAAAUAAAUUCUGUCCUUUUUCUCUUUUACGUGGCAUGGAGAUUGUUUGUUACAUGAAGUACGCUGCCUGCAUGAAUUAAUUGGUACAAAGGCAUAUAGGGUUUUAUUUACAACCGACCAACUAGGGUAGUACUUGAACCGCGAUUCGUUGCAAUAACUAGUAGGUUAAUUUACUAUAGCAUCUCCAUAUGCUUAUUGCUUCAUGGGCUCUCUGCUCAAAUCUGCAUAUUAUAACAGCUUUUGGUGGUUGUGUUCUAUUGUUUCACAUUUUUAGAAGAUGUCUGCGUCACUCCGUGGUGCCAUAAGGUUAUUAGCAAGUUCUUCCAUGGUUCAUCUCUAUUGCAAUCGGUACAGAGCAAUUGGUAAUCACAACAAUACAACCUUCCCGGCAGGCAACAAGUUGCCUCUUGCUGCUUCUCUCUGUUAAGGCUCACCUUUCAUUCGCAUGUUCUUCUUGUGGCUGCUGUUAUCUUGGGCAUGGCCAUGCCUUCCUGCAAAUGUGACAGAGUAAUGUCAUAAAUUCACCCACAAAAGAAUUUGAGUACUACUGCGUAUGUUUCAUUUCGUUAUCAGUUGGUGUAAUUCACAGAUAGCUUUCCGUCCAAUUUGUUUUUGGGGGCGUGCAGAACAAGGUGCAGUCCAGAUUAUAGCAAGAGCAGCUCUCUGCUUUGAUAACCACACAGAUCUUUGAAUACCAGUCUGAUGUUUGUCAAGAUCAUUGGCACCAUCCAGUCUUAGGUUGCCAGGAUCAAGGAUGGCAUGAUGGUGAUUCGGGACUUUGAGUCCAUUGGUGGAGAGUAGUCUGUUGUACUACAUCUUUUUCUUGUGGCAUUUCAGUUUGGUACCAGUGUGGCAGUGUGGAUCAAGUGAUAAAGUGGUCUGUACUAAGUCUGAAAAUAAAGAGCUUUAUUAUAGAUGUAAAUUACUAUCUAUUGAUGUGCCCUCUCCUUUUAAGGUUUCA